AUGGAAUACUACAAUAGAUUUGCGAGUGGUGAGUGUCGGCUGAGUCGGCGGGGGCGGGGCGGGGGCGUGGCGUCGCCGCCCAAGGACAGCGAGGAGGCGUCGCUGGCGCGCAUCCCGGCGGCGCGCGCGCUCGAGACGCUGCGCGGCAUGUACCGCGCGCUGCGCUGCCCGCUCGCGGGGCUUCCUGUUCCCGCCCGUGGCGCUGUGCGGCGCGGGCGCACUCGCUGUGCGUCGAGUGCAGCGUGGACGGCGCCGCGCCCGCGCGUCGGCUGCGGCCGCGCGCUGCUGGCCGCGCGCAACGCCGCGCUCGAGGACGUGGCCCGCGCCGCGCUCCUGCCCUGCGCGCACCGCGCCGCCGGCUGCGACGUCGUGCUGCCGCCCGGCGACGCCAAGCCGCACGCGCUCGCCUGCCCCAGGCGCCCGCUCAUCUGCCCAAAGUUGGAUCCCAUGUGCCACUGGAAGGGCCCAAUGCAAUCUCUUUCGGAACACGUGAAGUUGCAGCAUCCAUUACAUAUCGGACGAGGUUCAGAGCUCGAGUUGAUGCUGGGAGGGCGGCAGGGCAUCCGCGACAACUUCGGCGUGCUGCUGUGCUGCGGCGACCGCUUCCUGGCGCGCGUGCGCGUGCGCACGGCCAGGCGCGAGGUGCUGGCUGCCGUGCUCUACCUGGGCGACCGCCGCCCGGCCGCCGACUUCGCCUACGACGCCUGCCUCGACCUGGCCGACGGCGACGGCGGCGACGCGCAGGGGCGGCGCGUGCGGCGCCGCGUCGCGCAGCGCCUGCCCGUGCACGACAUCGGACGCGACCUGGAGCGCGUGCUCGACGCCGGCGACUGCUUCCGCGCGCCGCUCGAGGAGUUCGGCGUCAGCACCGUCGCCGAGCUGCAUCGGGUGCGCAUCCGCAUCGAGGAGAACGCGUGAGCAGCCGCUCUGUAUUAUGGCAAGAAACGUGACACCUGAUGUAACAUCUGAUUUGACGCGUGACAUGACACAUGACGUGACGCCAUUGUGCUGUAUGUGUGCAGGGCGCCGAUCGCCGAGUUAGGCGUCAGGACCGUCGUCGAGCUGCAUUGCAUCCGCCUUGAGGAGAACGUUUGAGCAGCUGCUCUGUAUUAUGACAAAAAACGUGACGAGUGUCUUC